CGGGUCACCAAAUAUGGCCAGAGGUUUAGCUUCCGUUAGCUUGUCAAUUUUAGCCCACGGAAAGCUGUAGACGUUUCAUGGCUUCAUUUGGCUGGAAGAGGAAAGUUGGUGAGAAGGUUUCAAAGACAGCUGUGCAGCAGUUUGUGGCUGAAGCAGAGAAGCCAGAAGAUGCUGGACCCAGGAGAGAAGAUGAGGUGGACUGGCUGCACGCCAUCAAAAGACGGAAGGAGAUCCUGCUGGAGGACUGUGCAGCCAAGAGCAAGAGGCUGAAGGAGGAGGGGGCAGAGCUGGCUGGGCACGGCAGGCACUGGGAGGCCAUUAAGAAGUUGGACGAGGCGAUUGAGCUGACUCCAGACAACCCGCUCCUGUAUGAGAUGAAGUCUCAGGUGCUCACCAUCCUGCAGGAGGUGUUCCCUGCAGUGAAGGCAGCGGAGAUGGCGGUGAAGUUGCGCCCCCUGUGGUGGGAGGGCUGGCAGACCCUGGGCCGAGCUCAGCUCAACCUGGGAGAGGUGGACCUGGCCGUGAGGUCCUUCCAGGUGGCGAUCCACCUCUGCCCGUCAGAGCGCUCCCUGUGGCAGGAGGACCUGGAGUGGGCCUGGAGGUUACAGAAGCAGGAGAUGGCAACAAAAGAGAAGACCCGACAAGAAGAGGAGACCAAAAACCAGAUCCUUAACGCCCCGGAGCUGAAGCAGGACUUUGAUUUUGAGUCGGAUGAGGUGCUGGCCGCCUGCGUGGCUGUUGCCGAGCGACAGACACGCUACGAGGAGCUGAAGAGGACCACCGUGGUCAUGGACGCUGAGGGGAAUAUAAAGAGUGUACUCACUGGGGAAGGGGGGUCGGAGGAGCCUUCAACGGACACGUUUGUCAAAGCAAGAGGACUUUGAUUUUGUUUCAGCAUCAAUUAUUGUCCUGGUAAAAAAAAAAAAAAAUUCAGAAGAAAUUAUGUGAACUGACAAAGUCUGCUUAUAGGUCUAUAUAUAAAAUAUAGUUGACUUCUCUUAUAUAGUUUUGAUCCUUUUGAUGUGAUUGUGUUAAUGUGCAUGUAGACUUUUUACAUGUUUUGAAGCGGUAAACGCGUAUCCUAGCUCUGUGUGUUUCCUCUGGAUAACACAAUAACUCAUUCAGCUAACUUUACUCUGGGUCACAUUAGCAUCUGAGACAGGAGACUUCCCCUCGGUUGAAACGCCUAUUUGCAAUUUGGGAUUAAUUAUAAAAUGUAGGCACAAUUUCUAAGAAAAUUGACAAAUAACAAGAAGGAAAACUAAAGCUCCAAGCAAAACAAAUUCUGAGAGCUAAAGCAGUGAAAAGCUGCUAAUACUUUAAUAAGUAAAUGUAAUUAAACAUUUGCGUGAAAUGGAUUAAUCUUUCCAAUUAAGUAUCCCGCAGUAUUAAGGCAUAUGAACACAAAUCUAGUUCCUAUGUUAGUUUAAAAAUUCAGAUUUUUUGUGAGGCUCUGAUAGUUAAAUGUGAAUGACUUGUGAAGUUUUGUCGUGUUUGUUUGUUUCUGAAAAAGAGCAUGCAUGCUCUGCUUAUUGUCAACAAGUGUAUAAACCUGAAUAAAAAGGUAGAAUAGUUCUCUGUG